AUGCCUGACCUGCAGGCCAAAAUGUACGAGUCUCCAGAGCACUCUGAAGACCAUGCUCUCCAAGAUGGUCAUGAUGAGCCACUCGACAGCCGGCGGAUGCUUAUUGCCUAUGGCUCCGAGACCGGGAACAGCCAGAACUUGGCCGUGGACCUCGGACGCAUCGCUGAGAGACUGCGCUUCAGAACAACGGUUACUGAGAUGAAUGAUGUUGAGCUUGGCGCCUUAUCUCGAUAUCCUCUCGUCAUCUUCGUCAUAUCGACUACUGGUCAGGGCGACAUACCUAGCAACGCAAUCAAGUUCUGGAAGAGCUCGUUGCGCAAGCGACUGCCCCAAGGCUGUCUUGGUCACGUCAGGUUCACCACAUUUGGCCUUGGUGACAGUUCAUAUGCCAAGUAUAAUUGGGCUGCCAGAAAACUCCACAAGCGACUCGAGCAACUCGGUGCCGUCGAGUUCUUCUCUCGCGGCGAGGCGGACGAACGUCACGACGACGGCAUAGACGGAGCCUUUCUGGAUUGGUCCAACAGUCUUAGGACUCAUCUUCAAACAGAGCAUCCUUUACCCGACGGUAUUUCGCCCAUACCGUCGGAUGUACAGCUCACUCCCAAGUUCACCAUUGAACUUCUCCCAACUAUGGAAUGUCCUGAUUUGACAAUGUCUGACAACCACGAUGCCAAGGUGGUGGGGAAACAGCCUGUUUCCACCCCUCUACCGGGCCGCAACAAAGAAUCCGGUCCCAAAGAUGCAGGUCAGAGCCGGCAGGAUCAUCCGGAGCCGGUCCUCGACAGAACUGCAGCGCUGUUCAGUCACGUGGAUAACCCUAAUCACGACCUGCAAUUCGAGCUGCAGAUAGAACGGGCCUCCAUUCACAGCAAUUCCCAACUGGCGCGUCUUUCAGAAGGGACAGCCAACGCCAUUCCAGGCGGCAUAGAUAUUCUAGACCGACCGAACGUACUCAGAGACGACCCUAUCAAAUAUUCUCUCGACGAUGCAGGCAGUCGCAUUCAAGAACCACAGCCGCCCCUGGAUCUUAAUCCGAUCCCCAACGCAUGGCGUGCCAUAAUAGAGGACAAUUCUCGCGUCACUCCCGACAACCACUGGCAAGAUGUACGCUUACUAACCCUCAAUGUCACUUCGAGAAUGGUUUCCACCAAAAAAGGAGAGAAAGAAGAGUGCGUCGUCACCACGCCAGGCGAUGUGGUUGUCAUCUAUCCCAAGAACUUCCCGAAGGAUGUGCACGCGCUGAUCGAUCUCAUGGGCUGGGGAGACGUUGCCGACAAGCCUUUCGAGCACCACACCGAGUAUCCCGAGGUUAACUUUGGCCCUCCGAAGAAUUGCCAUCCCAUGCCUUUAAGUACCUUGCGCCAGCUAUUGCUGAACAACUACGACAUAACCUCCAUUCCAAAGCGUGUAUUCUUCGAAGACAUCGCUUUCUACACGGAGGACCCAACGCAUCAAGAGCGACUGCGAGAUUUCUCAAAUCCUGCAUUAUCAGAUGAGUUUUACGACUACACGUCUCGGCCACGACGAUCCAUACUGGAGGUUCUGCAGGAUUUCCCAACAGUCCAAAUUCCCUACCAGCAUAUUCCGUCUGUAUUUCCUGUCAUACGGGGUCGCGAAUUCAGCAUCGCGAGCGGUGGAUUGCUUACUCUAUCUGUUGAUAAGCCAGACAUGACGCAGAUUCAGCUCCUAGUCGCCCUGAUCAAGUACAAAACGGUACUAAGGAAGACAAGACAAGGGCUGUGUUCUCGCUAUUUGGCCUCGCUCGGCCGCGAUACACCCAUAAAUAUCACUAUCAAGGAGCGUGACUGGCCAGAGGAACUGCUAGAUAAGCGGAAUCCACUUUUGGCAAUAGGCACUGGCACUGGAGUCGCGCCUAUACGUUCUAUACUCUGGGAUCGCUACGAUGGAGGUUCGUGCGGAGAGGUCGUACUCUUCUACGGCGGUCGGAAUCGCCAUGCGGACUUCCAUUUCAAGGAAGACUGGGAGUCACUCGAAAUCCGAGUAAUCACCGCCUUCUCCAGAGACCCACCGGAAGAUCAACCAGAAGGGCAUCAGAAAGGCCCGAUCAAGAAGACGUACGUCCAGGACCAAAUCCGGGAGCACUGGAAGCUUGUCUAUACCAUGCUCCGUAAAGGAGCUGGCGUCUUCGUGGCUGGCAGCUCGGGCAAGAUGCCUGCGGCUGUUCGACAGGCUCUUCUCGACGUCAUGGUUCGCGGGGCGGCGGUCAAUAUUGAAGAGGCCAAGAGGAUCAUCUCAUCCCAAAUUACAUAUUACGAGGAUGUCUGGGGUUGA